CGACGCACCCUACCGACCCCGUACUCCACCCCGACUGUCGCAACAAUGGCCCAGCCUUCGCUCACCAAAUUCAUCAUCAAGCGCCCAUGGCUCAAGAACUGGCUGAAGCCCGUUGCCAACUGGUACACCGACCUCUCCGGCUACCGUAAGCUUGGCCUGAGGGCCGAUGACCUGAUUCCCGAGGAGUCCGAGACCGUCCUCCUCGCCCUCAAGCGUCUCCCGCCCAAGGAGGCCUACGACCGUGUCUUCCGCAUGCGCCGCGCUUUCCAGUGCUCGCUGUCGCACCAGCUUCUGCCCAAGGAGCAGCACACCAAGCCCGAGGAGGACACGCCCUACCUUACCCCGAUCAUUGAGGAGAUCGAGGCCGAGCUCAAGGAGCGUGAGGACUUGGAGUCCAUGGUCGUCAAGAAGAAGAAGGCGUAGAAUACCAGACGCGAAUGGUGGGAUGAUGAGUGCGACGUGGUUGUACAGGCACAAUGCAUAUCGGAUUGGAUGCAGCAGCGGUCGUCUUGUGCUUUAGACUGUAUACUAUCGCCAGGAGAGCGGUCGAAUGAAUUGCUUUUCUAGAGCAAACAAUUGGC